AUGAUGACCCUUGCUGGAACAAAACGCACGGCCGGAACGCCCUACGCAUCACCAACCAAGGCCGCAGCGUCAGCGAAGAGGUCUCGCACACAAUAUGAUUAUUGCGACGAGGAAGACCUCGAGUCGCUGCAUGAAGAUCAAUGGAGCGCUGACUGGGAUUCGGGGUCAGAAAUGAGCAUAGAUGGCGAUGACGAGCGCGACAGCCUGAAGGACAGAUUCCUGACAAGCCCCCAGAAACGAAGCGCGCCUUCGAUCAUAUCCAGGCAGGCUGCUAACAUCCAAAAGGAAUCCAGGAAUCUGCCUCCUGCCGCAAAUGUACAUCGCAGAUUUGGCUCAAAGAGCUCCGAAAGAAUAUACUGCGUCGGCUGUGCUUGCAUCAGCCAGAACAUAGCAAAGCUGGAGCGCCAGCCCCUCUUCGAUCUGAUACUCGAAAAGGCCUUUCUCAUGGAAGAGUUUCACGACUACGUGAGUGUGCCCUACAUUGAGUGGAGGGCGAAAUGGGACCGAGUUCCUGUCUCUGAGCGAGACAGUGGCGCCGGCCUUUUCCUCAAGCAAGAGUUGCUCCGCUUGGGCCUUACAUCCCGGGAGGGUCAGCUCGUCUUCUACUCUUUCUGCCGUCGUGAUGGGUGGCAAGAAACUGAGCAUAAUUGGCAUUGUCGCAUUUGUAGCGACUGUAUGGAGUGGAGGGAGUGGCAUUUGGUGAGGCUCGACCUGAUAUGGUAG